AUGUCGUGCCUCCGCGAGCUGUGGGCAGAAACUGCCGAGUACUUGCUGCAAGCGCAGCAGGCGCUAGGGCCAGAAGAUUUCACAAAGGCCAGGAUGCAGCAGUUUCAGCGCGUGUCCUACGCAGUGAAGGCUUCAAAUUUGUCUUUGAAAGAUGCCACAGAGCUGAUGAAGGCUUUGAAAGCGACAGCCGUGUUCUCAGAGACAGAGACGCUCUCAUUGCUGGAGCAGUGCACGGCAAGCGUGGCGUCAGUCGCAGCUCCCUUGCAUAAGCGGCGCGUCUUGCAGGAUUACGUGCACUUCCCCAUGUACAUCCCGGCUGACUUGUGGUCCACGCUUGGAAAAAAAGAAGUCAGUGGCUCGGAGAAGGCGCUCCAGCUUGCAGACUGCUUGGCACGUCUUGGCUUGUGCUCGCCCAGUGAGCCAACCAGCAGAUCCUUCACAGCCGUUUGCCUCCUAGCUUCCAAGAAGGAGCCUCUCCUCAUGAGUGUCCAGGAAAAAUUUGACGCGUUCUUGACGCACAAGGAGAUCCUGCGCAGCGUGUGCACGGCAAAGUACUCGGAGAUGUCCAGUGAGAACUCGAAAUUUCCAACCUUGUUGCCCUCUGAUCCUGCCCGCCUUGACCCUGCUCUUUUGGACAGGGCCGGAAGCUCUUCUCGUGUCUUGGAACAUGACCAACUGUGGAGCUACGUGCAGAUUUCUUCGUUUGCUGCGAGCAUUCCUAUGAGGAACACUAAGAAGGAGAUUGCCGUCACCAAGAUCAAAGCGGAGCAGAAGACGUCGAACGAGGAUCUCUUGCAUGCUUUGGUUGCGCACCUACGACCGCAGCCUUUGGAGAUCCGGUACAACAAGCUGAGAUCGCUGCCGGCGAUCAUGGAUCGUUAUCACGAGCACGAGGACGAGCCGGAGCCAAAAAAACUACGCGCAGCGGCGUCCAUGCUAAGCCUGACAAGCUCGCGCGAGCAGGAGGACCCUAUCUCGGCAUCUUCCACAUCCCCGGAAACUACCCAGAGCACUGAUGAGAAGCUUCUGCCCUUCAGUCGGGAGGCCAGCAGCUCGAGCCGCAACGAGACGCCCAACGCUAACCCAAUCCUGGCAGCAGCUGCCGCGCUGAAGGAAGAAAAGUCCUCUGCCGCGCCAACGCCCAAGGAGGAUGUGGCAAAUGCCGUGGACGGCCGGGAUGAGGUGAAGUCGCAGCCGAAACCCAAAGCCAAGAAGAAGUCGGCCGCCAAGAGCGUUGCUUCGCCCUUGAGGAAGGCCGGCGAAGACUUGGAGGAGAAGAAAGCUGCUGCACUUGACCUUGAGCCGCCCGCGACGGCGCCGAGCCCAAGCGCUGCAGGAGGCGAGCCCGAGGAGAAGAUGCAUGCGCCGCUCGCUAAGCGCAGGGCGCGCAACGAGCAGGCCAUGGACGCUGCGGUGCUGAAAAAAUUUCGAGCAGCUAUCCAGUACAGGAAAAGCCAGGGCGACACGGAUGUCGCAAAGCUGGACAGCCACUGGAAGAGCGCCAACCCGGACGAGAAGAGGGCGUGCCUGGCGAAGUUCCUGAAGGAUCCAAAGCUUCGGUGGAGUGGAGAAGUCACAAAGCAGAGCGUUGUCUCCGAAAAGGAAACUGACCUGAGCACCAAGGAGUGGCUGACUAAGAAGCAGAUCGCCAACGAGCAGAGCCUGAGCUUGGAGAAGCCGGAGGAGAAAGAGUUGGUGGACGCCCUGCUGAAGACGCUGGAAGAGCGCGACCACGAGAACUCGGAAUGGGCCCGUCGUGGGAUAAAGCAGUACAAGUACGUUCGUGGGCGUGAGGAGCUGGCCACUGAGCGCACAGAUGCGAUCACGGUGACCGAGAGGUCCGGCGUUGGAAGCUCUUCGGAUCAAGUUGACGUGAGCUGGACCGCUGCUUCUAAAAAGAUCGAGAAGGAAGGCGCAAGCCUGGUGAAGCAGAUGUCGAAGGCGAUGGCUGCAGGCCAAAAGCUCCGGCAGCUCCUGCCGAUCCCCGACCGCGCGGAGAUUACGGAUGCGCUGACGAACGCCCAAGCGGGCUUGCAGAGCCUUGAAUGCGCAGUGAUCUCAAUCCAGCAGACGGAAGAGUAUGUCGCGACCACCAGCAAGCUGAUCCAUGAGGGAGAGACAUCCCUGCAGGCAUUGGACGAUGUCUUGGCGAAGGUCAAGGCUGCCCGCGCGCUGAACCAGAAGAAGGCGAAGUCGAAGUCCAGGCUGGCGCCGAAGGAUUUCGCCGACGACGUGAUUCCGGAGACAGUUCCUGAGGAGCUCAACGAUGGUGCCGCUGGCAUUGGUGAGAGGGCUGAAGCCUCGAUCGGAUAG